CCGGAACGCGCACCAUUGAUAACUCCAUAUCAUUCAUAACUUGUUAGCGGGCGCAACAAGCCGUCUGCAGCUCCCCAGGGACCUGCCGGAAUGCGAGAUUACGGACUACAUGGUAAUUAAGUGAAGGAAUCUGCGUGCAGCAUCUCCAAGACUAAGGGGUACCACAAUCGGGCGCGGCUAUGACGCGAAGAACGUACAUCAUGGCGCUCUUUGCGUUCCUUCUCCACAUUUCCCACAAAUCUUUGGCAGGCGGCGCUUCUGGUGAUGCAGACGACGAGGAAGAAUUGCCCUGUCCCGCUAGGUGUCGUUGUGUGCAGGUCAUGGGCGGCACUAUCGACAUCUACUGCGAAAAUGCGGAGCUAUCAUCAUUGCUGGACAUAACACAACUCGGAUACAAAUCGAAAAUUGGGAAUCUUAUAAUUUCAGGAAGAAAUAACAUCACGGAAAUAAAAGCGGGAGACCUUGACGGGUUAACCAUAGAAAAUAUAGAAAUGUUCAACAGCCCGCUGAAAAGGAUGGAUACGAAUGCCUUUCAAGGUGUUAAAGGAUUAGAGCGGUUAUUCAUCUUGCGUUCUCCAUUGUUUGAAUUUUUACCCAAACUCGGCCAUCUCAAAAAUUUGAUGAAGUUGAAUCUCAAUAAAAACAAUAUCACGUACAUUUCCAAAGGCGUAUUCGAGAAUGAGGACUCAGAAACGGUUGCAGGUAUAAUCAACCUGAACGAAAAUAACAUCAGAAAUUUAGAUUUUAUUCAAAACGUCUGUAACUUUCGAAAGACAACUGUUCAGCUGAAGAAAAAUCCGAUUAUUUGUGACUGCGCCGUUUAUGAAAUAAUCCGCGCGGAUGUAUUCAAAUCUAAAAGUGGGUUGUUCGGUCAUUGCAGUGGGCCGAAGUACUUCCGGAGGACGAAUCUAAUGGAUUUGAAUGAGUCUCCGCUCAUGAGUAAACAAUGCAAUGAUUCUUGCGCAACGGAGAAGAAAAUCUCUGUCAGGUUUGACUGCAAGAAAAUGCUUUGGGUGACAAGUUCUGGACUGUCGUGCGAGACUCGCCCAACUUGUGAAAAUGGACAUCUCGUCUGCUCAGGUGGUGGCGUGCGCGCAGUAGUUUUUCAGAGUCCCGCGCAAGAUUCCGCAAAUGUUCGAGGUCAGGGUAACAAUGUCACAUCAUCGGUGAUGAUAAUAAUCGUUGCAUUGGUGUUUUCAUUUGCUAAAUUGUUCAGCUGAGGCGUUCCAGAUGUUGGUGUAAGCAUGAUAGUUCCUUAUGUACUAUAAUACUCCGCAUAAAUUUGUGACACACGUAGCCCGUUCGAUUGGAACUCGGAGUUGAACGCGAGUCCCUCAAGUUACAUUCGAGGUGCAAAAUCUACCUGGGUUGGCGAGCUUUGCCGGCAAGCAAUAUGGCGGCACAGUCACAUGCCUGAUGCAGCCCCAACUGCACCGCGGCGUGGAUCCCCGAACGGAGACUCAAGGCCCCCUAGACAACCAAUAUAUCUUGUUCAGUAUCAGCCAGGGGCAGAGUGCUUGUGAAAUCCUAAGAGGGGAAGCUUCCAUUUUCAAUUUCAAUUUUAUUUUAUCGUAACGAAAAUUUGUGACCGUGACGUAACGUUGCCUGUAAGUUACAUGGAUAUGCUUGUUUGUGACUGUAUGGUGAAAGUAAUAAAAAGAUGUUUUCUA